AGCAGUGCACAAUACCUGACAACUGUGUCAACAUCCUACAUUUCUCUAGUCUUUUAUUUAGGCUACGAACAUCGACUGACAAGGAAUGUUCUAUAAGUGAGCAUUAUGUAGUACAAGACCAACUGGUAAUUAACCAAAGCACAAUGGGAGCUUCCUGUAGUAGCGACAAGUCUACAGAAAUAUCUACGCUUGAAAAGGUCCCGAAAUUUAAGAUAGCUUUAGUGGGUGACACUGAAGUAGGGAAGAGCAGCAUAUUCCUCAGAUACUACAAAAACCAGUUUGACUACAGCUACAGACCUACAGAAAAAGUAGACAUAGAUAAUGUAGUAAGGAAGAUCAACAUCCCAGAAAAUGCAGUCAUGUCACUCACCCUGUGGGACCUGCCUGGUAGAGAGGAUAUGGACAUGAGGAAAACUUACUACAAAGAUCUUGAUGCUGCUAUUGUUGUGGUAGACCUCACAGACCCAGAACAAGUAGAGCUGGCACCAUCAUGGCGCCAGGAGAUCAUCAGCAAUGCCACAUUCACCAGAGAAAAAAAGACCAAGCUUCCUGGUGGUGAAGAGGAGAUAAGUGUGGAGCUUGUCCCAGCUUUGCCUGAUGACAUUCCAGUCUUGCUUUUAGGGAACAAAUAUGAUUUGAUCGAAGAACAGAUGUCACUUGAAAAAGGAAGAAAAUCUGCUGCCCAGUCUGAAAUGAAACUUGCUGAUCCCAGGGACAAAAAUGAAGGAGAGUCCAGUGCAGAUGCUACAAAUGGCAAUGAUAAUGGUGAAGGUCAAAAUGAAGGUGAAGGUCAACUUGUAGAUGACCAAGAAAGUGAAGCUCGAACAGAAAGGCAGUCAAAAAGUGAAGAUGACAAACCAGAGACAAGUACAGUCAAUGAAGAUACACUCAACAGCAAGAACAACAAAGAAGAUGAAGAAAAUGAUGAGGAAAAGAUAGGAAAAGAUGAGCAGCCUUUGGAAGAUGAAAAAGGUGACAAAGAAGAAAAUAUUGACCAAAAAAUGGAAAAGUGGGAAAAAGAGAGGAAGUCUGUUCCACACAUAACACUUGAGGAGCUGGAGGAGAUGGAGAAGCCAGAAUGUGUUAAACUACUGGAGAAAGUGGCAAGUGAGCAUGGAUUUGUUGGAAGUGUGGUGGUAUCAGCCAAGGAUUCUGAUGGCUCAGUUCAUGCAGCAGUGCAGUCAUUUGUUAGAUACCUGUUAGUCAAGAGACUGAGAGACAAACCAAAGACAGAAGAGAAGGACAACAAAAAGAAAAACAAGAAGAAAAAAAAGAAAGGGGAUAAUGACUUUGAACCCCUAGCAGAGGUUGGAAUCAAGGAGUUUGAUGAUCUGUUCAACAAGUGCAACAUGCCCAUCAAGAGGUCAGAGGACUUCAGUAUCUACUAUGAAGUACUUUUACAUAAGUUUAAAGUGGCCUGUCUUGAUGCACAGGUAAUACAGGCUCUCAAUGCAGACAAGCGUAGCCUGGAAGACUGUAUUACUGGCCUGAAAGAAGCCAUUGGAACAGGCAAAGAAUUACAGAUGGAGGAGGAUGAUGGUUUUGUCAAACUAGUCCUGACCAACCCUAGAAUGAAACUCAAAGCACAGAUCAGAGACAUUCUGGAUGUCUUCCAUAAAGAUUUUUCCGUCCUAUGUAAAACUGUCCUCAAGGAGUGUCCUCGUCUAAGUGUAGCCUUGAAACAUCUGGACGACAAAAUAGCCACCCAGAGCGAGCAGGCCUGGGACAUCAUGACUGAGGCCGGCAAGUCCAAGAAAGAUGUCCGAGACAUUAUGAACACUAUUGAUAAGAAUAGAGCAAGGAUUGCCAGAACUCAGAUGCUACUUACAGAGUGUCUGGAUGCUGUCAGCAAUUCUAGCAAAAAGAUUGAGGCAGCUUUGAUAUGGUGAAAGAUAUGGCAAAUUUCAUUAAGUGCAUGUACUUGUAACAAACUUGAAAUUUUUUGGAACUGGACUUUUGAAUUUUGAUUUUUUAAUCACCUGGAUUAUCUUUCAGGAAAGAUAAAACUAUUUAUCUAUUUUGUUGAAAUGUUUUGAUAUAAAAGGUCCUCUUAGAGAACAUUAUUAUAUUUUAUUAAUACAGAU